AAGCUCUAGCGUUUCAAGCCCGGGCGCAAAAACUAGCAAGACGCCGCCGCUGCGGGCUCAGCACAGCAGCAGGCUAGCGGAACGUGGUCUCCAUUUGUGCUGCGAGCACCGCUUCCAGCGAUUUGGCUGCGGUAGCGCAUAAAUCAGCCAAUAGACACCUGGGCACUACACCGGUUUCGCACCGCCAGCGGCGCGCAGCGAUGGCCGAAGCGUCAACGGACGAGCUCCUCGCCGACCUCAAACGCUUAAUUGACGACGGCCUCUUCGCGUCCGCCGAAAUCCUCGGAUCGUUGCUGUUAGCCAGGUGCGACACCGAAGCUCACCCCGCGCGCGAACGGGGCGACGCCUUGAGCCUCUACGCCGACGCCCUGUUCGGCAAGGGCGAGCACAAGCGCGCGAGGUCCUACUACCGGAGAGCUAUCGAGCGAAGACGCGGCGCCGGCCCAUGGCAAGGAGACGGGGAUGGCGCGAGAGCGAGGGACGAGGCCGAAGCGCGCCUACGACUGAGGGAGGCCGAGUGCGGCGUCGUGCUGGAUGAACACGCCGCGGCGAUUGGGUCGAUCGAAGCUGUUCCUGUGGAAUUGCGACCCGCGAAAGCUAGAGCGUUACUCGGCAAGCUCUACUUACAGUCAGGCCUCAAAAGGAACGCCAUUACGGCCUUCGAGAGCGCCCUCGACAAGGACCCACUAUGCCUGGAAGUCGUCGAACCGCUGCAACGCCUCAAGGCCUCGCAGCAGGACUUCGAGGAAGACGACGCGAUGGAUUCUACGAACGAAAAGUACCCUUGGUUAACAGCCUUUGCCGAGGCCCACCAAGCCCUGGCCCAGCACGACCCGACGCGCGCCGCGAACGCCUGGAGCGACGUUGAACAGAGGGGCGACUUCCACGGGAACUUGUAUGGGCUGUGUAGGAGGGCGGUGGCUCGCGCGGAGGCGGGGGAUGAUGCGGAAGCUAGGGUGGCGUUUGCGCGAGCUAGAGCUGCCGACCCGUUGAAUGUCGAUAGCAUGGACCACUGCGCUUUGCUACUAAAGAGGCGAAACGCCGAGGACGAGCUCACGGCUCUGGCGAGGGAUUUAGUCGCGACCGACCGGAAGCGCCCGGAGGCCUGGUUGGCCGUUGCUGCGAAGUUCGACUGCGCCGGCGACCGGGACGCUGCUCUCCAGUUCGUGGACAAGGCUAUAGCUUUAGAUGCGAGGCACGCUCUCGCUUUCAGGUUACGAGGGGAGCUCCUAUUAGCGCAAGGCAAGGCCGAGCACUCGAUCGUGGCCUACUUCCAAGCAAAUAAUGUGGCGAAGGACCUGGCUUCUUAUAGAGGACUAGUGCUGGCAUACCUGUCGACGCGAAAGUAUAAGGAGGCCCUUUGCACGGCGAAGGAGGCCGUCGCGACAUUACCGAGAAAUGCGAAAGCGAUAGCGCUGGUCGGUAGAGUGUUGGCUACCUCUCCAGAAGGUGCGGACAAGGCGCGACGGGCCUUCCAGAAGGCCUUGCAGCUCGACGCGUCUUGCGCUGAUGCGGCCCUCGCCUUAGCUGACUUGCAUGCCCAACGAGGGGAGUGCGACGCCGCUGCUGAGUUACUCACGAGGGCCUUGUCGGAGAACGAGCAGGAUACGUUGCAUAGCAAGUUAGGCGACGUCUACGUCAUCGCGGGCGAGGAGCGCUACCCGGAAGCCCUCGCGAGCUACCACGCCGCCCUCUCCCUGAACCCGGCGUCGGACGCCGCGCUCACGGGACUGGACCGGCUGGAAAAGCUCAUGGCCGGCGUCGACCCGGACCUGAGCGACGAGCACGACUCCUGUGAUGAUGAGGAAGCACCGGACACGGCCAACUCGGCGCACGACGUCGAGGAGGACGCGCUCGAGAGCGCGGCGUACCUCUAGGUUCGUAAACAUACAGGUUAUU